AUGGCCUCAUCUACAUCUACGAACGCCGCAGGUGUGAUCUCAUCACUCACAGGCCUGAAGGACUUUAUUGACUCUAUUCCUGAGUCUGCCACACUAUAUCUCGAUCUCGAAGGCAACAAUCUCAGCCGCAACGGGACUAUCACCAUUAUAACCAUUCUCGUACGCCCUACAGAAGUCACAAAGCUUAUCGAUGUUCAGACUCUUGGUAGCGCCGCUUUCACCACACCUGCCACAGGUAGAAAGACUCUCAAGGCUGUACUUGAGGACCCUCUAGUUUCCAAGUGUCUUUGGGAUGUACGCAACGAUGCCGAUGCCCUCUGGGUCCACUACAAAGUCCGUCUUGCGGGCGUCACAGACAUACAGCUCUUAGAGAAUGCUUCACGUUAUGGCGAUAAAACAUACGUCCGUGGUCUUCACAUCUGUGUCGAGGAGGAUCUGAAGCUGGAAAUCUUGGAGUUUUUCAGAUGGAGCGAAAUCAAGCGGUUGUUUAAAACUCGCAUGGCCGACGACAUUUUCUCCCGCCGUCCCUUGGAUGCUGUAACGAAAAAGUAUUGUAUUAACGACGUUGUGUACCUACCUGCGCUUCAAGCGACAUACACAAAGCGGAUGGACAGCCGGUGGAUGAAAAAGGUUAUGGACGAGAGUGCGCGUCGCGUGGUCGAAGCCUGCUCGCCAGACCUCAACCCUCAGCCUGAAAAGAAUAUGCUAAAGUCGUGGGCCUUGGAAGCUGUGGAGUCGGGCAUGAAAUCAUUGGAACUGGGUAAAACACCACAGAGAGCACCAUGUCAGAUGUUCGAUGUUGACGCGAACGACGAUUACAUGACAAACAAGGAGAAAAAGGAGGAGUCAUAUGGCUAUGAAAUGAAUGAUUUUGAAGCGUUCGACGAAGAAUUAAUAAAUCAAUUACGGGAGGCAUUCGAUCUUCCAAGGAAAUGA